AGCCAUCCACGAUACCAUUGGCGAAAUUCUCCUUACUAAAACUACAAACACCCCCCCUGGAAGCUGGUCUUUUAUGAAGAACCCCAUUGACUCUUUGGCAAAGGUGAAAAAUCAUUUGCAAUUAGAAUAAUACACCCGUACACCCAAAGUAUAAAUGAAAAAAAAAAAAAAAAGGUUUAAAAAAUCAAAAAACUAAUCUGACCACCAAACCAACUCUUAUAGAUCAGACAUGAGUGACGCUAAAUUGCAAAGGACAUUGCUUCGUUUUAAUGCGAAGAUCACCAGCGGAGAAUACUACGAGGCGCACCAGACUUUGAGAACCAUAACCAAUAGAUACGUCAAAUCGAAACAAUACUCGGAUGCAAUUGCUUUAUUAUAUCAAGGAUCUUCGAUUUUAUCGAAUAAGAAAGAGUAUGCAUCAGCUAGUGACUUGAUAACUUAUUUGAUCCAAGUAUACGAAGAAGCAAACAUAAAGAUUGAAUCGUCAUCUGAUAUUAACAAAAUUAAGUUGAUUGAAUUGAUCAAUUUAUUACCGGAUACUGAUCCAAGUUUACCAGAUUUAUCUAAACAAGCGAUCAACUGGUCUAAAACGAAUGAUAAUAAGUUUGGUGAUUGCAACUUACACCAUGUUUUCGGAGUCAAAUUCUUAAACUCAAUCAAAUUGAGUCCCUUGAGCGAAGAUGAAAAAUAUAAAUUAUUUAAUUUUGCUGAAUUGCAUUUGAUCUUAGGUACUUAUGAAUCAUUACCUGUUUAUAUAAACUUUUUAUGGGAUUGGUAUAAGCAAUCAAGCAAGGAUGUGAAAGAUCCUGGGAUUUUAUUGAGCCGAGCCAUUAUAAAUUACUCAUAUUUGAAAAAUAUUAAAUUCGUUAAAGAAUCCCUCAACAUUUUCAUGAAGAACUUGGUCCAAUACAAUACGAACUACGAAUCAAGCGACGGAUUAUACUUCUAUCAAGAAUACCAAUUGAUUAAUUUCUUACAAUUGCUAGUCAUCACAUUAAAUAAAGAAACUACUUCCGGCGAAAAAUUCUUGAAAUUAUACCAACAAUAUAAAGCCGUUUUAACUCAAUAUGAAUUGAAUGCCUCAAUUGAAUACUUGGGUAGAUUCUACUUCAAUUUAAAUCUUGGUAGCAGUUCUGCUGGCGUGAAUCCUUUAGCUAGCUUAAUGGGUGGUUUAUUUAAAUAGUUACAUAAUAUAUAUAU